UUCCGACUACAAAACCGGGUACGCUUCAAGCUGAAUACUUAGCCAGAGCACAUUCUCACAAAAAAAUAAAUAAAAUAAAAUAAAAACUUGUAAAAUCCAGGCUUAAAGGCCACAUAGUAGCAGAUGACUUUUCCUCUAGCCAUUUCUUCCCUGUAAGACAUGUCUUUCCAUCAAGAUCGGGGUGGUCCAAGAGGAGGAGUUCCRCCAGGCCAUCACGGUUCCCCUCAAAGCUACCGGCCCACCAACCUGAGGCCUCCCCUCCCUCAGCCUCCUGCUCCGCCCUACAAUUAUGAUCCCCGGGCCAGUUCAGGUUACCAUGGAAACAGUGGCUACAUGCCCCCACAUCCAGAUUUCAUGCAGUACCCUCCUCCGCCACCCUCCCAGAUGCACAAUACCCCCAACCAGUGCCCAGUGCGCCCGCCGUUCCCGAAGCCCCUCACCCGGCAAGGCUUCCCUGACCCUCCACCCAAUUUCCCACCCCCUCCGUUACCCAGCUCGUCAGCUGGUCCCACUUCAGGGGUCCAGGUGUCUGCUCAGAACUCCUACCCGUCUUACAUGAUGCCACCUGUUCCCCCACCCCCUUUACCACAUCCCCCCAUGCCUCCCCCCAUCGCCUCUCAGUCUAUGAGCUACCACUCGCCGUACUCCUUGAACUACCCUCCCAACCCUCCCUUCCCCCCUCCCACCUUCAGCCCCAGCUACGCCCAGAGCCCUGGCCCCUUUCAGCCAGACCACGGCAUCAGACAUGGGGGGCCGUACUUGUAUGAGAAGCCCAAGAACACGAGGAGGUCUCCAGAUAAAGGCUAUCAUCAUCACGACGACCACCGGCAGAAGGGCCAUACUUUCAGYGACAGACACAAGCCGGAGUUUCCCGGAGAGCGGAGGGAGCGUGGGAGGAGUCCCGACAGGCGGGGGAGAAGUGACGGGGGGCGCCACAAAUCUGAGCAUGACCGAGGACGGACUCCCCCCAGACACAGGAGCCGGGACCGCAGCAGAGAGAGAUAUCGUCACAGAGACAGUCUGAGGUCCCAGUCCCCGGAAAAAUACAGRAAGAGGCCUCGAAGACGACAGCAGCAGUGAGUCAGACUGCGAAUCAGACGAGGAAGGAAGCAGCUGCUCCAGCAGCUCCGACUCCGAGGUUUUUGAUGUCAUCGCCGAGAUCAAGAGGAAGAAAGCUCAUCCUGACCGGCUGCAUGAGGAGCUGUGGUACAACGACCCGGGACAGAUGAAUGAUGGUCCCCUGUGUAAGUGCAGCGCCAAGGCCAGACGUACAGGGAUCCGCCACAGCAUCUACCCAGGAGAGGAGCCCGCGAGGUCGUGUCGUCCAAUGAACAACAAYGCAGGAAAACUGUUCCACUACAGAAUCACUGUGUCACCUCCUACCAACUUCCUGACCGACAGGCCGACGGUGAUCGAGUACGAUGAUCACGAGUACCUGUUUGAAGGCUUCUCGCUCUUCUCCCACACACCUCUCACCAACAUUCCAUUGUGCCGAGUGAUCCGCUUCAACAUAGAUUACACCAUUCACUUCAUAGAGGAGAUGACACCAGAGAACUACUGUGUCCGAGGGCUGGAGCUGUUCGCCUCCUACUUGUUCCAGGAUAUUCUUGAGCUGUAUGACUGGAAUCUGAAAGGUCCUGAGUCCGACGCCGAGUCUUCUGGAUGCCAGCAGUUCCAUUUCAUGCCUCGAUUUGUCAGAUUCUUACCUGAUGGUGGAAAGGAGGUGCUGUCAAUGCAUCAGGUGCUGCUGUACCUGCUACGUAGCAACAAGCCCUUGGUUCCUGAAGAGGAGAUUGCAGACAUGCUACAGUGGGAACAGCUGGACUGGCAGAAGUAUGCCGAGGAGUGCAAGGGAAUGAUUGUCACCAACCCAGGCAUGAAACCCAGCUCAGUGCGUAUCGACCAACUGGACAGGGAGCAGUUCAACCCAGACGUAAUCACCUUCCCCAUCAUCGUUCAUUUCGGCAUCCGGCCCGCUCAGCUCAGCUACGCUGGAGACCCUCAGUACCAGAAGCUGUGGAAGAGUUAUGUGAAACUACGCCACCUGCUGGCCAACAGCCCAAAGGUCAAGCAGAUUGAUAAGCAGAAGCUGACACAGAGAGAGGAAGCUCUUCAGAAGAUCCGACAGAAGAACACGAUGCGCCGUGAGGUGACGGUGGAGCUCAGUAGUCAGGGCUUCUGGAAAACCGGCAUCCGCUCCGAUGUCUGUCAGCAUGCCAUGAUGCUCCCUGUUCUCACCCAUCACAUCCGAUACCACCAGUGUCUGAUGCACCUGGAUAAGUUGAUUGGCUACGUCUUCAAGGACCGCUGCCUCCUUCAGCUUGCCAUGACUCACCCCAGCCACCACCUCAACUUUGGCAUGAAUCCCGAUCACGCUCGCAACUCGCUGUCCAACUGUGGCAUCCGCCAGCCGAAAUAUGGCGACAGGAAGGUCCACCACAUGUACAUGAGGAAAAAAGGAAUCAACACACUGAUUAACAUCAUGUCUCGUUUGGGCCAGGAUGACCCCUCUCCCUCCAGGAUCAAUCACAACGAGAGACUGGAGUUCCUGGGGGAUGCUGUUGUCGAGUUCCUCACCAGUGUCCAUCUCUAUUACUUGUUUCCUAAUUUGGAGGAGGGUGGCCUGGCAACCUACAGGACCGCCAUCGUUCAGAACCAGCACUUGGCCAUGCUCGCCAAGAAACUGGAGUUGGAUCGCUUCAUGCUUUACGCUCACGGUCCAGACCUGUGCCGCGAGUCGGACUUGAGGCACGCUAUGGCCAACUGCUUCGAAGCUCUCAUUGGAGCUGCAGGAAGUCUGGCUCAACUACCCACCACACCCCCUGCAGGUGCAAGAACCUCAGACAGACAGGCAGCUGAUUGAAACGUCUCCGGUGCUUCAGAAGUUGACCAGCUUCGAGGAGUCGAUCGGCGUUUUGUUCACACAUGUGCGCCUGCUGGCCAGAGCGUUCACCUUGAGGACUGUAGGCUUCAACCAUCUCACUCUCUUCUCCGCAGCUCGUUGGUGAACAAUCGAACCCAAGCCAAAGUGGCGGAGGAGUUGGGUAUGCAGGACUUUGCCAUAACCAAUGACAAAACCAAAAGGCCCGUUGCGCUGCGGACCAAGACUCUUGCUGACUUGUUGGAAUCUUUCAUCGCCGCUCUCUACAUCGACAAAGACCUGGAGUUCGUUCACACCUUCAUGAACGUCUGCUUUUUUCCUCGGCUGAAGGAGUUCAUUUUGAACCAGGACUGGAACGACCCCAAAUCUCAGCUGCAGCAGUGCUGUUUGACCCUGAGAACGGAGGGCAAGGAGCCCGAUAUCCCGCUGUACAAGACCUUGCAGACGGUGGGGCCCUCACACGCUCGCACGUACACAGUCGCUGUAUAUUUCAAAGGGGAGCGAAUUGGCUGUGGCAAAGGCCCAAGCAUUCAACAGGCAGAAAUGGGAGCUGCGAUGGAUGCCCUCGAAAAAUAUAACUUCCCGCAGAUGGCCCAUCAGAARCGCUUCAUCGAACGGAAAUACAGACAGGAGCUGAAGGAGAUGAGACGGGAGCGCGAGCGGCAGGAGAAAGAGACCGACGAGGUGGAGGAGGGCAGGAAGUGAUGGCACCUGAGCCCACCAGGAGCCGGCUCGACAUCGAAGUCGCAGAUAGUCGCAGAGGUUCAGGGGUUAGCCAAAAACAACAGGUGCAACGUACUAAUAGUGAUGUUGAGAUAGCUGAAGAUGAAUUAUUGUUUAUUUCACACAAGUUUAAACUGACAACAGAUGGCAAYUAUUUAAAGGAAAAAGACAGAAAAUAAGAAGUUUUUUUACAUUGUAGCCCUGUCGAAGGGGGCAUUUUCUUGAUGGCUGAUAAUUAAAUCCAGAAGACCUCACAGUGUUACAAAAUCACACUAAAUAUAAAAAAGGCACAUUUUUUAAGUGGAACAUGACGUGUUAAAUAAAGUUGGAUUUUGCUCUAAUUAGUCCAUAA